CACUUCCGGCUAUCACAGUAAACUAUGAUCAUGUAACAAUGUCUCAGCGUCACACACUGUACAAAUCACAAUGUCUCGUAUUGGGCAGAACAAAGACACCAGACUGUUGUGUAUAGCCCCUCAUGAGGCAGUGAUGGCAGAAGAUGGAGUACGCCACAAGGUUGUGGAUAACGUGGAUGACUGCGUCAAGGCUGUCGAUGACCUCCUCCAGGAGCCUGUCGUUGCUGUGGACUGUGAGGGAAUCGAUCUGGGAAAGAAGGGCCCUCUCACUCUUCUCCAGGUGGCCAAACUAGACGGUUUUGUCUACUUGUUCAAUGUUUUCGUUGAGCCAAAGGUCUUCACUGAAGGCCGACUGAAGUCGUUUCUGGAAAAUCAAGACAUCGUCAAGGUAUUUCACGCGUGCAACCGAGACAGCGCCGCCCUCAAGUGUCAGUUUGAUGUCAUGCUGAACAAUGUGUUUGACGUGCAGACGGCUCUUUUCAUCAUUGAAAAAUCUGAAGGGAGACAACUCCCAUAUGCCCGGAAGUUGAUGGAUGUCUGCAGCCACUACACUGACGUCACUUCCCUUGCGGGAAAAGAAGACGUCAUAGCCAAAUUGUACAAAAGUAAUGCUGCUUAUUGGGCAACAAAAGAAUUUACACCGGAAAUGAUUGACUACGCAUGUGCAGAUGUACGGAUUUUGAUACCCGAGGUGUAUGAGAAAAUGAAAAGCAUACUUGACGAUAAGGAUCUCAGGAGACGUUUCAGGGAAAGGGUAGAUUAUGAGCUGAACUUUCGAUGGAACGAAGCAGUGAAGUCAGACAGAGAUGAAUUCAUGUCAGUCGUGAAGAAGGUUCUGCGCCAGUUUGAAUCGAAGUACACAAGCGAUACCGCUUUUGCUGAUAUUUCGGAUGAAGAUGACAUUCAAGCUCUGAGACAGGUCUGAAUCACAGAAAUUGACAAGUUCCC